ACGCAUCCUGGCCUCGAUUAGUUUUCGUCGCACAAUACGGCUAUCGACAGGCCGAUGCCUGGAGUUGUAUGUGCUUCUGGAUCAGCGUUUGUGGUGGUAACUGUAAUCGGGAGGUUUGGUGCAAAAUGUGCAUGCUUGUUAAAUAAUCGAAAAGUUAAUAGCUAACUAGCUAGAUGAGGAGGUGGUUUCACAAAGACCACAGUACUUAUGCACCAUUUCAGCUAGCCAUAUGUUGACGACAUCUAUGCUGCAUUAUGGUAAUCAAAGUCAUAUCCAAGGGACAAUCUAGAUAGGUAUCGUUAGUUGUCAUUCGUUGUAUUGUUCAUAACAUUCAGAACGUCACCGCGUCUUCUGCUCGUCUCGUUUCCUAUGUGGUUUGAUUACAAUAAACAGAAGGCGACAGAUAACGGCACGAUGGUUCCAACAAGGAGACAUUCCGCAGCUGACGGGAGAGCAGUGCUUUAGAUAUGUAUCGUUUUAAUACCGAUCAGCCAUCAUAGUACUCGGACUAUCAACUGUUUGGACACAAGCAAACGCAAUUUUAUUAUUAUUGAUAGUUAGCUCACGUUAACCAUGGCGGGCACAAACAUUCUGAAGACUGUGAAGUCUCUCUUCAAGAAGGAACCGGACGACUGGGAUCUGAGUGAUACGGCAGCAUUUGAUUUCUCUGGAGAACUGGCGGAGGAUGAUGUCCCCAAAUUUAAUCAUCUGAAAGUUGUGGUGUCUGGAGAAAUGGAGGAUUAUUCGGCAGGUGCUCAAGCAAAUGGGGCACCUGCGAAUACAAUUGUAGAUGACGAUGACUCGCUGUUGGGCUCCCCUUCUAGUCUCGGUAGCACGGGGGUAAAUAUGGACAGCUGUGAGAGAUGCAAGAAGAAAAAAGAACACACAAAACGAAGAAAAGUGAUGAAAAAGCUCGGCUAUGCUGCUGUUUUGUAUUUUCUUUUUAUGAUAGGCGAACUUGUUGGUGGUUAUGUCGCUAAUAGCCUAGCGAUUAUGACUGAUGCGCUUCACAUGCUAACGGAUCUCAUCGGUAUUGUUGUGUCCUUGCUUGCGCUGUGGCUGUCUUCAAAACCUCCCACAAAAAGAUUCACCUUUGGAUUGCAUCGUCUCGAGGUGGUUUCAGCUGCCAUCAGUGUCCUUCUGAUUUACAUACUGACUGGAGUGCUCUUGAAUGAGGCUGUUCAGAGAACUGUCCACCUGGACUUUGACAUUAAUGGCGAUGCCAUGCUUAUAACUGCUGCAGUUGGUGUUGCAGUAAACCUAAUAAUGGGCUUCCUUCUGAACCAAUCAGGACACCUGCACUCCCACUCCCAUUCCCACUCCCACUCCCAGUCCCACUCCCACUCCCAGUCCCACUCCCACUCCCACUCCCACUCGCAUUCCCACUCCAACUCGCACUCUCACUCACAUGGCUCUCCUCAGGAAGAUCAGAACCACCACAAGGCACAGGGAAGCUUGGCGGUCAGGGCCGCGUUCAUCCACGCCCUGGGAGACCUUGUACAAAGCAUUGGGGUGCUCGUAGCCGCGUACAUUGUCCGCUUUAAGCCUGAAUACAAGAUCGCUGACCCUAUAUGCACAUAUAUUUUCUCCAUCCUGGUGCUUUUCACAACCGUGAGAAUCGUAAGGGACACAGGAAUCAUUGUCCUUGAAGGGGUUCCGAGGCACUUGGAUAUGACGAGAAUCAAAGAAGACCUGUUGAAACUGGAAGAUGUGCAUUCUGUGGAGGAUCUGAAUGUGUGGGCUUUGACAACAGACAAGACUGCUGCUCUGGUGCAUUUACAGCUUGAACCAUCCAGUGGCACUCGAUGGGAGGACGUCCAAGCAAAGGCUCGGCACCUGCUGCAGACUACACAUGGGAUAUACAAGUGCACUGUCCAAGUGCAGUGCUACAGACAGAGUUCACCCAACAUAUGCAGAAACUGCACACUUUCCAGUACCUGAAAGCAAGCAUUCUUCUCAUACACAUCAAUUUCUUCCAUUUCAGCAGCAGGGCAGCUGGUGUAUAAACCAACACAGGUUUGUAGACCAAGUUGUUUUCUUAACACGUUGGCACUAAGCUGAAGAAAUAUGAUAUGCAAUGACAACAAAAAAUCUACUGGGAAGAUUACCAAAGGACAUUAAACUGAUUUACACUGACAAAUACACACACAAAAUAAAGAUUUGUUGGGGAUGCCCCCACCGCUGGGAUUUUAACCUGCAUACACAAAGCCUUUUUUUGUUUAAAAAAAGGAGCAUUUAUUUUUAUUUUUCAUUUUUUGAUAAAUCUUUGACACACCCUGAAAGUGUAUAGGUGAUAUUAACAAUUUGUUUUUGUUUGUUUUUUCCUUUGCUUUCAAUUACUGCAGACUAGGACUCUGUAGGACUAAUAAAUCAAGUCAUGCUAAAAAUGGCACAGUCUUUCCCUAUCUGCAUACUUUGAUCUUUUUAGUUUUUAUCAUUAAAUCUGAUUCCAUAUGGAAAUGUGUGUUUUGACAGCCCUGAACUUAUAAUGGCUACAAUGUCUGUUUCAUAGCAGAGCCACAAUGGCUGCUCACUUUGUAACAGGGCUCCGUGUUUGUCAGAACUGCCAGCUCAAACAUUGUUCUAACAUUGUAGUGAACUUAAAUGGCAGAAUAGAUGUUUGCAUUUCUGUUCUUAAUUUGAGUAGUCUGAACUAGGCAGGUCACCAUCUCGCUGUGUGGGUUCUGCUUUUUUUACCUGACAUGGCAAUCUUUAUUUUUAUUCUGACCGUGUAAAAUUUAUUUCAAAUCAAGAAACAAUGAUUAUAUGCAAACCUGCCACACACUAAGUUACAUACUCUGUUAUCAGGUUUAAAGUGUGGAUUGCAACAUGAAUGACGUUAACACAGUAAGCUAAAAUGUCUAAAAUUGCUAAAAUUGUCUGUUGCACUGACAAUCUCACCAGUGUCAUGUUCUGUUUGUAUGCCCAUUCACAUGUGUAUAAAAUAUAACAUUUGACAACCUCUGUAUAAUACUGCACCUUUAGAAUUGUCUCACUUUGAAUAAUAACUAUUGCUUAGCUCACCAGAAAAAUAAUUGUUUCCUGAGCCCUGUAGGACAGGUUUAAAAAAAUGUAACAUUUGUGAUGCUUUUAUUUGAAAAGGGUGGCUGCAAAGUACAGGUUUUUCUGUAGCCCCAUAUGUGACCGUAUGUGUGCUACCUCUCGAGGCACAAUAUUGAGUGCAGAAGUAUUUUUUUUUUAAACAUUUCUUUUGACCAGUUUUGUGCAUUUGCCAAGUAGGGUAUUGGAGGGUUGAAUAAUUUUUGGCUUGAGAAACAAAAACAUAGGUGUUAAUGUGAUGGAAAUUGGAUCAGUGUUUCCAUUGUCAGGUUUCUGGUGAUGCUUGUUUUGUGAUUUUUUUGCAAAGAAAUGUAUAAUUCUUUGGUCAGCUAGUCAGGACUUGAAAUAAUUCACAGUGAUUUGCACAUUCCUCCAACUUGAAUGACAUGUUAGUCAUUGCCAAAUCUGUGUUGCAGUAUUAUUGUACCUUUAAGUUGAUAACACGUGUGUGAGACACUCCUGCCGAGCUUAUUUGAUAGGCAGACAAUGUAUAUGGCCUCAAUAGGUCAGACUUCAGUUGUACUAAUAUACAUAUGACUUUCACAACUGGGAUAUUGUCACUGAAAAUGUGAAUGUCAAAAAUGUGGUAACAUUCUGAAAUAAAUAUUUUGAACAUCUGCAAA